AUGAGGACCCGCGGGAAGCGCCGCAAAGUGACUGAUGAUGACCUCGUGAACGUCGAAGAACCAAAACGUGCAUCAUCCCAUCCGGCGGAUGAGGAUGAAGCCGACGGGAGCUCCAGGUCUCAGGGAGAGGAAGAAACCGAAGCCAACUUUGAGGGCGAUAGCCUUCAAACGGCACAGGACAAGAUCAUGUCGGAGUUGGCCCGGUUGAAGGAUGCGGAUGGCGAUGAAGUGGCCUAUCCAUUCAUCGGCAAGCCCGACCGCAACCUCUACCGAGAUUAUUAUGAAAUCAUCCAGCACCCAGUGUCGCUGCGGAGUAUUCAGAAGAAAGUUCGCGGCACCGAUAGCCGCAAGAAGUCCUCGAAAGUGACUGCAUACCCCACGUGGCAAUCCUUCGAAGAAGAAGUCAGCUAUAUCUGGCGAAAUGCGAGAGAAUACAAUGAGGAUGGUAGCGAGAUCUCGGUUCUCGCAGGCGUCCUGGAGCAACAUUUUAAUCGACGGGUGGCAGAAGCCAAAAAACACGUUCCAAAUCCUAUUCAGGUAGAUGACCAUCCCGAAACCGAAACGCCUCGCAUCAAGUUAAAAAUGGGGGCGAGGAAUCCGGAACCGGCAGCGUCAAAGUUAACACUGAAGAUGCGUGGGCAGACCUCCGAAACACCUUCCAAGGAUGACGGUCCGCGGUCCGGUGUCACAGUUGAUAACGAAUCUUUGAAACGUCAACAAGACCUUGUCAGAGCCGGCUCGGCAAGCCAAGACGUCGAUGUGCCCCAAAUGUCUCCUCGAACAAGGUCACUUCGACGACAUAUGGAAAGUCCCAAAUCAAGUGCCGCGACGACGCCAUCCGCUUCGGAGCAACUGCACAGUGUGCCCAUCCACGGACGGGAUCCGACUGGUCCGAUUAAAGACGAGACUUCGUUGGCACAAUCCCAAAAUCCCGAGACACAUUCUUCCCAUGGCCUUCACGAGGCUCACCUAGACUCGGCCGGCGGCAUAUCCUCCUACGACGAUGCUAAUUCUGCCUUGAUUCGCAACGUUCAAAUCCGCACCCACCCUUCUCUGUCUCUACAACACGAUUUGUGCCUGGAUAUUCCUCCGUCUUCUACCCUUUCCCAGCAGACCAUCACUGUUAGCCUUCCCUCAUCGUGCAAUUUGCUGAGAGUGAGGCCCACCUUGGCCGCUGGGACGGCCCAGCGGCAAGUGAAGAUUGUCGCCCUAAUAGGCAUGCAACGACUGCACCCGUCCGGUGAUGCAUCUGCGCUGGCGUACGACAUCCAACUCGAUCCAGGCACAACGAAAGUCGAUCUAGAAGCCAUUUCUGGACCGGCCCGGGGAGUCCCCAAAUCUGGACCUCCAGGUUCCGAUGUUGACUACGAGCGGGUGACAGUCUUCUUCAAUUUGUUGCGGUGA